AUGGAGAACAAUGGAACACUUAUACUUUAGAAGACGCAGAAGAAAUUGGUGAAGGAAGAAAGGAAGAUAUUGAAGGAGAUAAUUGGAAUGGCGAUCAAAGUAUUGGAUGUUGGAUUAUGGAAUCACUUUAAAGUCUUAAGCUGCAAACUAUGCAGUAAGAAAAACUUGAAGCCUUUGGAAUUCUUUUAGCAUAUGAUGGAUCACUUGAGUUUCUUUUAGAUAUUCGAUGCAAAUUAGGGAAGAUGUAUAGAAAGCAACUGCAAGGCGAAGAAGAAUCACAAAGCUUGCGAAUUCAACUUAAGAAUGCACAUUUUGGAGAAUCAUAGUAAGUGUUAUGGAGUGGAAAGGCCUUUGAGAUACAUGGCAAUCAACAACUUGGAAGAAUAUGGAACGACUUGGAAGUAGUACUAGUACUUCAAGAAGGAUAUUUCAAAGACUCUGAAGGUGAUCAGUCCACAAUUUGCGGAACAAUUUGAAAGGGAAUAUUAGAUGAAUUAAUAGAAGGGAGCUUAGAAGGAGAUAUACUUUAAGAUGAGGAUCAAGGAAGCAAUCAUGUUAAUGGAUGGAGAAUGGAGAGAAAAGGAACUUGGAACUUUGGACAGCGUGUCGAUUUUCUUAUCGACGACUUGGAGAAAACUAUUUGGAGACGAACAGGUGAUAUUGGAUUAAGGAGUGCCUGAGAUGUUGACUAAGCUUUUCAGUGGUAGGAAGAUACCUUACUAUGACUUAUAGUUGGGACUGCUGGAUGCAAUCAUCAAAGGUACAUAAUUGGAUAGUUUGAGAGUGAAGUUGUUACUUGGAUACUUUAACUGCUCUCAAACAUUUGGAGAAUUGGAACUAUUGAAUAAGGAUUUCGGAGAAGCAUUGCAUGGAAUUGCAAUCUUUGACUGCAUAAUGAAUGAGAAGAUGAUUGGAAGGGAAUGCAUCUUUAAUGACAUCUUAUGCAGUAAUAUAUUUGAAACUUUAGAAGAAGGAUUGAUGCAUUACUGCAAGUCGCAUAUCGGAAUUAUGGCUUGCAUAUCAAACAAGGGAUGUGAACUGAAGAAGGACGACAGGAUAGACACUUGGAUUGAGCAUUGCCACGACUAUCAUAGAGACGAUUUUGUGACACUGGCAUAGAAGUACAUGAAAUAACAGAAGGUGUACUUUUAAUUUAAAGCCGUUUGUGAUAGGUGUUCAGUAAAGCUUUAAAGUUUGACGGAUGUUUACUGGGUGGAUCAUACCUUUAAAACUGAAAUAGAAUGGAAGAUGGAAAUCAGAAUCAGAUGGAAGGAUUUAAUCAGAAGUUACAAAGAGGAGAGAAUAUUGGAUGGAGAAUGCAGUCUAAGAUAUGAAGAAGGAUAUAUGGAAUAUAAGAAGAACGUGUUGGAUGGAAUUGGAACCAGAAGGACGAUCAACAACAACGGGAAGAUUGCAGUUUGUAAGAAUUGCAAGAACAAGAAGAGGAAGCAACAGAUGACACACUUGAAGAAGGAGCAAUUCUAGAUGAGGGAUACAAACAGACUAUUCCCACUGAUCAGAAUUGAAGGGAAAAUCACUAGGAAAGCUUCAGAUACUUUCUUUAGAGUGAUUGGGAAUUUGAAUGCUUUGAAGGAGAAGCCACACAUUUUCUUUGCUGGAACGGACAUAAUGUAUCAGUGGAAUUCAACAUAGGCAAAGAAGCAAUUCAAAUGCAGAGUGAUGGAGAAGAGCCAAGCAGAGAGAACAGAUUACGUGAGUGCUUGCCAGAAUCACACUUUUCUGGUGAAUCACACAUAUUAGUUGGCAGACUUAUCUCAACAGUUAUUACGUUAGGAGAAACAGAUACUAGAGGUGAAUAAGAACUUAUGGAUGAGAUAUUUGGAUAAGGAACAAGUCUCAAACGCAAAGGAUAAAUUACAAUUGGAAUUUGCAAAGAUGUAGGAUAUGCUUUUGUUUGAUGGAUUGCUUCAUAGGACAUCGGUGAAAUUCGUUUGUGGAAGGAUGAAGCAACCAUUCAGAAGUUGGAUGAGGGAACUUGGAGAAUUUUUGGAAGGAGAAACAGUUGCUGAGCAUCAACACAAGGAACGAUGCUUAGAACUUUGGAUAUCUUUGUGA